UGUGAUUACCAACAUCAAUGGCUAUCAAUAUCUCUCUUUAUAUCUACUAACAGCAUCAGAGUCUAGAAAAUUCUUUAAUCUAAAAGCACUCCAUCUUGAGCUGAAGAUCAUAUAUUCUCUUGUUUUAGGCUAUCCGUUUAAUCGUUUAUUAUCCAUCAUAUAUAGCUCUCAGUCGCGCGGUUUUGAGGAAUUAUAGCCUUUUGCUUUGCUAGAUCAAUCCUAACAUUAUAUCAUUUUGAAUUUCAAAUUUAAGGUUCUGAAAUUUGAUAGUUUUAUGGGCAGUAAAAGCAUAGGUUAGAUUCUUUCUUUAAAAAAAAAGGAAAUUGACAAAAAAAUCCUCUUCGACGAUGACGUAAAAACCUAACACUAUUGUUUGUCGGCGUGACUCUAWAAGCAAAUAUUUUCCGGUAUUUUAACACUAUUCACUUUGCUGACGAUUAUAAUAAGUUAGUACCGAACUAACAGACAUAAUAAGCCUUYAUUUUCAGCAAGAAAUCUUCUGUACCAGUCGAUAAAGUCAUUUUCUAGAAUCAUUGGUCACCAUGAUCCAAGCUGUUAGUGAUACGUGUUCUGUGAGAUGGACRAAGGUCAACCAUAAAGUUUAUAAAUUUCAAUCGUUGGUCUUCCACGAAGAUAAAAAUCAAAUCGAAGUGAAGUCUGUCAAUACAGCAGCUCUUACUUCACGAUCUGUAAACAACACGGAGAACAACAAAGAGAGACAAAUAAAUCAAGUCAAACAGAUUACAAACCAAAAAGAAUAUACAAGUACAUGCCCACGUGAAUCAAAGAUYACUGGUCCAAUCCAAUGGAAAGAGGUUUAUGGAGAAUACCUUGGAAAGGAACCUGUUYCAGAAUUCGAAAUUGUACAAGGAUCACCGAAGGUGACCCGAAAGUCUACCGAAAAUCCCGCGAAAAUUACCCGAAAAUCCUCCGAGAGUCCUUUGCUCAGACAGCGUAAGGAUAUACGAGAAAUGCAAAUGGAUAAGGAAAUUAUAGCGAAGAAAGAUCAGAGACGAGUACAUUUUGAAGAUGAAGUAAGGGUUAAAUGUGAAGAUGAAGAUGGCGCGUUUGAACAGCCAAGAAAGAAUUGUCUUCGAGAUUGUUCGUUAUGUCGUUCCAUCCACCCCAGGGUAAACUCUCCUCCUUACCAGGCCCUGGUAGAAACAUCGGUAUGUUAUUAUAUACAUGUUUACUAUACACGUGGGCAUUCCCUUGUGUAUGAUGACCUUAUAGCUGGUAGAAACAUCGGUCCGAACCCUUUGAAGUUAAGUAGAUACUCGAAACUUCAAAGAAGAAAUACCUAG